AAGAAACCUGUCAAGAUGAGGUGGUGUGUUGCUGUUCUCCUGGCAGUGCUGCAGCUGUGCAGCCCGGCGCUGCAGUCUGACCCGCUGCUCUACGUCUUCCAGCUGCAGGAUGGGAAAGAAAAACCCAGCAAGCCAUGGCUUAACCCCACCUUGGGAAAUGUUGUCCCUUCCCGGGGAGGUCUCAGCCCUCCUAAAGUUGUAGAAACCUCAGAAACUGAGACGACUUCAAACUCGAGCCCCAUGUUUGGUGAACAUGUCAACCUUAGGUGGGUCACAUGGAGCGGUUCCCUCCCAAAUGGCACUGUUGCCAUCUUCAACGGCUACACCGAACGUACCGACUAUGUGUGCAAAGUCACCUGUGAGGCCGGUUUCUACACUCCCAGCAAAGGGAACUUCUGCCAAUACCCCUAUGCUGACCAAGAGUACGCAUCCUCCAAGUUCGAAGUCCUGGUUAAUGUGGACCACUUUGAGUUCCUCCAGUGGGUUGAAGAUUCGUAUGGCUCUGUUCCUGAGUAUGCCAUCAAAACCUGUCCCAACUCAGACAUCUAUGUGGGUAAGAAUAAGUAUGGUCUUGGUAAAGUGGUGACCAGACACAAAGCCUUCUUCCUCCCCUGGGAGGGGGAUGAGUACUGGUACAAAAACUACCAGGUCCUUGCUAUCAACAGAGACAGCUACAGCCAGCACAUCUCUCAUGUGGAGUAUGCCAUUGACCAGAUGGAGCUGUUCCACCAUCCUCCAGAAGCCCUGAAGCUCACUAAGGUCACCAAUCUGGAGUGCAGCAAUGUGGAGAAGACAGUGACACUGGAGAAGACCAGUACAGUGGAGAAGAAAUGGGACAUCGGCAGGGAGACCCGCAAUGGCUCUGUGUCCACCAUGACAGCCAAAGUUCCUAUCUUUGGUCCGGGUAAUGUGGAGUUGUCCAAGGAACAGACGGUGACCUUCUCAAAGGGGACCACCAUUGUGGAGUCAAUCAGUCACGCUGUCUCUGUGGAGCUGCUGGUCCCACCCAAUCACUCCUGCACCGUGAGGAUGGAUGGCAGAAAGAUGAAGGCUGACAUCCCUUUCACCGGCCGGCUGAGCAGGACCAACCACAACGGAGACACCCACUGGACCUACAUCACGGGCACCUAUGACGGCGUGAGUGUUGGUGAAAUCAACGCUGUGGUGGAACGGUGUCAGCCGGUGCCUGAAGCUGUCCCCUGCUCCCCAGAUCAAAACUGAUGAUGAGUCUGCUAAUGCUUUGUUUUUCAAAUAAAAUGCAAUCACA